CAGAAGCUGUGGGGGAGAGGCGUGCUCAGAGCCUUAUGGGUGUGGGCCACCCACCCACUCCCCACCCAGGCCCUGUUCUGGAGGCCCACCUACCAGCUGAGGCAGCACCUUCUCCAGCUGCUCCACAUCCACAUGGUCCAGUUCCUCUGCCUGGGCCUGCCGGACACUGCGGAUGGCCGCUUCUGCCGUGAUGCGGGGGGAAGUAAGGUAGAGAAAGCUGGGGGGGCUUGAACCCCAACCCCCCUGGCCACAGCCCUGGCUGUUCCCCCACCCCUGUGCCAGCUGACAGCUCAGAAGACAAGGUUGAGACUUCUGAAAUACAGAAAUUUUCAGGGACAAGGUGCUUGUGGGAAAAUGGGAAAAAGGUGUCUUGAUAGCCUCACUGAAAAAUGUAAAGGGAUCACAAAUCACCCAGACAAGCCUGGGUGGGACCCCAGAGGACGCUAUCGGGCCCCUCUGCUCACCUACAACGAAGAUCUUCAGCAGCUCGGCCAUGAGCUGCAGCGCAUCCCCACUGACUGCAAGGCGAAGGGAGCAGGUUACAAGUACGCGUUCUCCCUGCUGCCCCACUCCACCCUCACCGCUUUUGGUGUGGCUCAUGCUCAGGCUGGUGACCUCCACCCUCUGUCUGGCCCACCCAGCCCUCCCUGAGGCCCUGGCUCCUGCAGAGCUGCAGCGCAGGGUCCCAGCACCCCACCCCUGCUUCGGGCUCACACACCUUUGGUCUUCUUGUCUUUAAAGUGCAAGUGCAGCAGUUUGCUCACCAGCUCCUGGGGGACGGAGGGCACAUCAGUGAGCCACUUCCCCCACCCCUCCUGCUGACCCUUUAGUCAUUUCAUUGUGGAUGGGAUGGGGUUGUAAUUUCCAGCUGGAAAUGCUGUCUGUGGGGCUGGGUCUCCCCAGGGUGGAGGACUAGGCAUGGGGGGAUACCUCCCUGCGAAUGCCUCCAGGAGAGCCAGAUAUGAGACGCGUGUGGCAGACACGAGGGAGCAGCCAAGGUGCCGGCCCACUGCUCUGGGCUCCAGUCCUCAUGGUAUCCAGAAUGGUCUUGUGCUCCUGCUCCCAGAGACAAGUUGCUUUCCCCACAGUGGGCCCCUUCACAGGCCUGCCCAUGUCACUAACAUUGCCUGGCUUUGUCAGACCCUGCUCUGAGCACGGUGCCAGCUGCAUCCCAGGUCCCUCCUUGGGGCCUACAGCAUGGCACGGAGAAGGGGAUCUUCCUGUAAUGGGGAAGGGUACUGUGAGAACCCCAGAGCUUAGCAGGAGCCAGGCUCCUUGUCAAUGGGCAGUCAAGGUAGGGGACCCAGGGAGGUUGCUGAGGGUAGGGACCAGCUGGAAGAAGCUGUGAAUGAGGAGCCCACAGAGCGCCUGGGGACGUGGAACAGCAGCAGUGGGUGCCCAGGAGCCCAGAAGCCAGGUGUCGUGCAGAGCUAUGACCACGGGAGCCUGGCGCCACCUGCUGGUCCUACACGCUGUGUACCUGGAGUGUUAGUCACUCAGUGGUGUCUGACUCUUUGGGACCCCAUGGACUGUAGCCUGCCAGCUCCUCUGUCCAUGGAAUUCUCCAGGCAGAUUCUUUACCAACUGAGCCACUGGGGAAGCCCGUGUACCUGGAAGAUACCAGGAAGGGCCCAGAAGGCUCUACCGCUCCAGCAGCUCCCAAACCCAGCACCUACCCCUGCCCGAUUUCUGCACUUUCCGUCUGGCCACAGACUAGGGCGCCUAUUCAACCUUCUGCUACCGGGGCACGGGACCACGGAGGACGAAGGGAGCUCGGAAUGGCGGUCAUUGCCGGAUUCUGGAAACUGGCUCACCCUAGAUGGCAGCGCGGGGGCCGGCUCAGGACCCGCACGUGAGUCAGGCAGGGAAGAGGGGUCGCAGCGUCCCCACCGGCCCCGUGCGCGUCCCCCAGCCACAGAAACCUCGCCCGGCGCCCCCAACCCGCCCAGCCAGCACGCCCUUUCUCACUUUCCGGAAGACGGCUCCGGUUUCCUCCAUGACCGCCACAAAAGCGCGCGCCCUCUGGAGCCCCGCCCCCGCCUCCCCAGCCAAUGAACCCUGAGCG